AUGGAAGAGAUAAGGGAGAGAGAGCGCACAUGUGAGCCGGACAGGAGAACGCUGUGCCGGGGCAGCCGCCGGCCGGGGCCGUGGCGGUGGCCAGCGGCACUGCGGCGGCUGCCGUGGCUGGCGCCGCCGACGCCCGCGGCCGCCGACCCGGUGGUCAGCGUGGACAACAACAAAGUGGCGCGGCUCGGCGCGUCCAAGCCCGGGUCGAGGCCGCGGCAGCUGCUCUCGCUGCCGCCGUUCCCGGCCGGGGCUGACAAGCUACCCGGGAGGAAGGCGGCGCCGCGGCGCGUGACGGCGGUCAGCUGGGUAAAGCACUACUUCGACGACGUGCCGCUGGAGGUCCUGCAGGCGCACUUCAACAGGAGGAUGGUUUGCUCAAAAUGCCAUAAUCACGAGGUUUCAGCUGAAAGCAUCCGGACUCAGAAGCAUCAUUUGAAGAAGAUUAAACAUAAUGACGUUAUGGAGCCUGGCAUGAGAAUUCACCUUCCGGUGUCAGUGGCUGAGGGCGAGAUAAAGAAGCGUUAUGAGACCAUUCCAACUGCCACAUUGCAUCCCAAUAAAGAUGAGAUUGAGUACCUGAGGAGGCUUGUCAUCUACAGGGACUCUGCUAUACUGAUGCUUAACAAGCCCCCCAAAGUGCCCAUGAAAGGAUAUUUGCCAGUACAUAACAGCAUGGAUGUGCUUGCAGCAGCAGCACUGCCAUAUGGAAAUGAAGAGGGUCCAAAAUUGGUCCAUCGACUGGACAGAGAAAGUAGCGAUUUGAUUUUGAUGGGUAGAACAAAAGAAAGCUUCACUCGACUUCACUGGCUUUUCACUAGCAUAAAUUUAGCAAGAAUAACUUCUCAGCUUCGAGUCCAUUGCGCUGAAGCCCGGCACUCCCAUCGUCGGAGAUUACAAAUAUGGGUGGCUUGUGCACCAAAGGUGGAAGCAGAAUCCCAGCCAGACUUUGAACCGUUCACUGGAGAACCGUACAAGCCGAGGAGGCCAGAAGGAUUGGAGGUUCAGAACGGCAGUGUUCUCUCAAAAAUCCCUUUGCUACACCUGCAUUGCCGGGAGAUGGUCGUCCCCAACAUUGCAAAGUUCCUGAGCAGCACUGGAGAAUGGCACGACGAUGGCGCCCAAGGAGAAACCCAACCUCCUAAGGUUCAUCGCACCAAUGCCUUCGCACAUGAAAAUUAG